CCAUUUGUUACCAGUGUCCCGUUGGCAAGUUUGUCUGUUGAUUGUAAUUUUUAAUUAACUAAUUGUUAUUUAGAUUAAAUUGUUAAACUUGAUUAAACAAAUUGUUUACUAAUCUUGUCCAUCUUCUAUUUCUGUGGGUCAAUCAAUCAUUUUCUUCUUGGAAUAUUUGGUUGAUUCUCUGAACUAGUUGAUCUUCUCCAUCUUCUAUUACACAUCAGUAUAAAUAUUAAUCUAAUCAAGCAACAUGACAUCCACUCAGGCUGAUUCAAUUUGUUACACUAUUAUUAAUGCUCCUCUUGAUUCUGAUGCUGUUAAUGAGCAAAAUUUGCGAAAUCAAUUAGAGAAAGGAGACAUUAAGGAAAAGGUGGAUGCUCUCAAGAAGCUUAUUCAUCUUAUUUUAUCAGGUGAAAAAUUUUCUCCCCGUAUGUUGAUGACCAUCAUUCGCUAUGUGUUACCAGCUCAAGAUCAUGAGAUUAAAAAGCUUCUCCUCAUCUUUUGGGAAAUUGUACCUAAACGUGGUGCUGAUGGUAAACUGUUACAUGAGAUGAUUCUGGUUUGUGACGCUUAUCGUAAAGAUUUACAACAUCCUAAUGAGUUUAUCAGAGGAUCAACAUUGAGAUUUUUAUGUAAACUAAAGGAGCCCGAGUUAAUUGAACCUUUAAUGACAUCCAUUCGAACCUGUUUAGAGCAUCGGCAUUCUUAUGUUAGGCGAAACGCUGUUCUGGCCAUUUUUAAGAUUUACAUUAAUUUUGAACAAUUAAUUCCAGAUGCACCUGAAUUAAUAUUAGACUUUCUUUCCCGAGAAACUGAUGCUAGUUGUAAACGAAAUGCUUUUCUCAUGUUGAUCCAUCUGGAUCAAAGUAAAGCUCUUGAAUAUUUAAAUUCAUGUCUAGAUCAGAUAACUAGUUUCAAUGAUAUUCUGCAAUUGGUUAUUGUUGAAUUAAUUUACAAAGUAUGUAUUGCCAAUCCAACCGAACGGUCAAGAUUUAUCCGAGCUAUUUACAACCUAUUGAAUACAUCAACCUACUCUGUUCGUUACGAGGCUGCUGCAACUUUAAUCACCCUAUCACAAGCACCAACUGCCCUGAGAGCUGCAGCCAAUUGUUUCAUUGACAUUUGCUUCAAGGAGAGUGACAAUAAUGUUAAACUAAUUGUCUUGGAUCGUUUGAUUGCCCUUAAAGAUUCAACUCCUGGCGCUGAAAAGGUUCUUCAAGAUGUUCUCAUGGAUAUUAUAAGAAUUCUGAGUGCAGCAUCUGAUUUAGAAGUGAAACAGAAAAUUCUUGCCUUAGCUCUUGAUUUAAUUUCUUCUCGAAAUGCUGAAGAGAUUGUCCAUUUGCUGAGGAAGGAACUUGGAAGGACAAUGGGUGAAACAAUUAACAGCGAUGAUGAGGAUACCAGUAGUUAUCGACAAUCUUUGGUUUCAACUUUACACAAAAUUUGUCUCAAAUAUCCUGAUGUACUAAUCUCAGAUCAACUGAUUUCCAUAUUAUUCACAUUUCUUUCAACUGAUGAUGAACCAACGGCUAUUCUUGUAUUCAAUUUUGCCCGUGAUUAUAUUUCUAAAAAUCCUCAGCAUAAAACACUUUUGGUUACCAAAGUUCUCGAAGUAUUUGGCUCAGUUCGUAAUUCAAAGGUUCAUCGUCCUUUAAUCUGGUUAUUGGGUGAAUAUUGUGAAGAUACUGAACCCGAAUUAAUUCAAGAGGCAAUGGUAACCAUACGAAGUACAUUAGGUGAAAUACCAAUUGUUGACAGUGAACUGGCUAAACUUGAUACCAAUGAAACAAGUGGAAGUGAUAAUGUUAACAAUAGUGAACCAAGUGGACAAAAUAAAUUGGUUACAGCUGAUGGUUCUUAUGCGACACAAUCAGCGUUAAUUGUUUCAUCUCGACCAGGAGAUAAAAAGAUUCCACCUCUUCGAUCAUACUUUUUAUCGGGUGACUUUUUCGUUGCCACAGCCUUGGUUAACGCUCUGGUUAAAUUGGCUUUUAAAUUUAAGGAAGCUCGAAACUCUCAUCCAGAUCCUGAAUCAUUGAGAAAAGUUAAUUCAUUUAUCGCCGAGUGCAUGUUAAUUUUAACUUCAAUUCGUAAUCUUGGUCGAGCUCGAACCUCCGGUGUACUACCGACUCUAGAUAAAGCUGAACACACUGGAACCAUAAGUGAAGAUGAUUUUGAUCGUAUUGAUCUUAGUCUCUCCGUUUUGAGUCAAAUUGGUUCGGAUGCACUUUUAAGCUCAUCCAAUGUUACCGUUACCACGAUGAAACGUUUAUUCACCAAUGAGAUGAGGGAAUGUCUUAAUUUGAUGUUACAAGCAAAUCCAAAAGAACUUGAAGAUUCAAAGGAUAAAAAGAAGGAGAAAAAAAUUGUCGAAGUUGAUGAUCAUCUUAAUUUCUCACUAUUGUUGGGUAAAAAUCAAGAAAUGUUUGAAAAUCAAUUUGAAUUAUCCUUGUCCCAAGCUCUUAGUGGUAUCGUUGGUGCCACCGCAACAUCAACAACUUAUGGUAAAACCAAUAUGACCAACCUUUUAUCCGCCUCAAAGCUUUCCAAAGUGACACAAUUAACCGGCUUCUCAGAUCCAGUUUACGCCGAGUGUUAUGUUAACGUAAAUCAAUAUGAUAUCUGUCUAGAUGUGCUAAUUGUUAAUCAAACAUCCGAUGUCCUACAAAACUGUACCCUUGAACUAUCAACAUUGGGAGAUUUAAAAUUAGUCGAACGACCUCAACCCGUUGUAUUGGCAGCUCAUGAUUUCGCCAAUAUCAAAGCAACGGUUAAAGUUGCAUCAACAGAAAAUGGUAUCAUAUUUGGUAAUAUUGUUUAUGACGUUAGUGGAUCGACUUCAGAUCGUAACAUUGUUGUUCUAAAUGAUAUUCAUAUCGACAUAAUGGACUAUAUUGUACCGGCGACUUGUGAUGAUGUUCAGUUUCGUAAAAUGUGGGCUGCCUUUGAAUGGGAAAAUCGAGUUACCGUUAACACUCCAGUGGGUGAUCUACAAGAAUACCUUGAACGUGUAAUCAAAUGUACCAAUAUGAAGUGUUUAACACCCCAGCAAUCACUUUCCACCGAUUGUGCUUUUCUUGCUGCCAAUUUAUAUGCUAAAUCAAUUUUCGGUGAAGAUGCUUUGGUUAAUGUUUCCAUUGAAAAAUCUUCCGAUGGUAAAGUUAAUGGUUUCGUUCGGGUUCGAGCAAAAUCACAAGGAAUGGCUCUUAGUGUAGGCUCUAAAAUAAAUGAUUUCCAGAAACUUGCCUCAGCUGGUUGAGAGAAAACAACAAAUUAACCAAAAAAAAAGAAAACAAAA